AUGGAGCUUGGCGCUCUUACGCAGGAGGAGCUAAAACUCGCAGAAAAUACAAUUUAUCGAUUUAUUCAACGGCAAACUUACGCCGAUGAAAUUCAGUUAAUCCGCAGCAGUAUCUCGACGAAGUCGCCAUGGAAACAUACGUUGCCCAAAACGAGUUCACUGUACAAGUUGAGUCCUACACUUGAUGAACACGGUGUCCUACGGAUGCGAGGGCGUAUCGAAGCCUGCGAGUGGGUGGACGAAGCCACAAAAAAUCCCAUAAUACUACCGAGACAGCACUAUGUGACUGAUUUGGUGAUCGCUGACUACCAUGUAGCGUACCGUCAUCAGAACCACCACUCAGCAAUGAACCAGAUCCGGAUGAAGUACAACAUCCCUCGGCUCCGUUCAGAGUUCAACCGAGUCCGCAGAAAUUGUCAGCAUUGCAAGAUCCGACGUGCAAGACCCGAUCCCCCAGCAAUGGGAAAUUUACCACGUUCCCGGUUGACAGCUUUCCAGCGACCGUUUUCGUAUACUGGCAUCGACUACUUUGGACCGAUGUCAGUGCUAGUGAACAGACACGUUGAAAAGAGAUGGGGAGUCCUAUUCACCUGCAUGACAACUAGAAGCGUGCACCUUGAAAUCGCACAUUCGUUGACAACAGAUUCAUGCAUACUAGCGCUGCGUAAUUUUGUUGCCAGGAGGGGCCCGCCGCUACAGAUCGUUAGCGACCGCGGGACAAACUUCAUAGGAGCUUCCCGAGAACUGCGCGAAGCCUUGAGGCAGGUCGACGAGGAGAAACUCAAGACCGAGUUUGUCGGUCCUGCCACUGAGUGGACGUUUAAUCCCCCAUCCGCUCCGCACUUUGGAGGCUGUUGGGAACGUUUAGUCCAGUCCGUCAAAAAAAUAUUGAACGAGUUUGACCCCCCUCGCCUACCUUCAGAUGAAAUUUUGCGAUCCAUGCUCAUGGAGAUCGAAAUGAUUCUAAACUCCAGACCACUCACUGACAUACCACUUGAUAAUGACAACGAACCCCCCCUAACACCAAACCAUUUUUUGUUAGGGUCUUCGAAUGGGAGUAAGCCCCCGAUCGCUUUCGAUGACAGACCAAUUGUAUUGAAGCACUCGUGGAGGAUGGCCCAGCUGUAUGCUGAUACGUUCUGGAAGAAAUGGGUUGAUGAAUACCUGCCGACUCUAACUCGUAGGACUCGAUGGUUCCAGCCCGUGAAACCCAUUGCUGAGGGCGACUUGGUGCUAAUCGCUGACAGCAAUCUCCCGCGGAACUACUGGCCACGAGGACGUGUGGUGGAGGCAGUCAAGGCUAAGGACGGACAAGUUCGCCGCGUGACUGUGCAAACAACCAGAGGACUCCUCGAGAGACCAGCGACCAAGAUCGCAGUUUCAGACGUCAGUGCAAAGGAAGGUAAACCACAUGAAACCCAGUGGCAUACCGAGGGGGAGUGUCACAACCCUGUGGGAUGUGAUGCACCUCCAUCUGUACAAUCUUGA